UUUACUCACUGAGGUCUGAAGAGCGGAGCGAGCUGUCAAACACGCGCCACUUUUGCGGGCCGCCGCUGCCGCCGCCGUCAGUCUCAGACGCGCCGCUGAAGUUUGGUGCGAGCGCAGCCUCAGCGCAGGCUCCGGGCGGCACAUGUUCGGGCUCCAGGAGCAGCUGGUUCGAGAGGCCAACGGACUAAAGGAGAGGAGUCUGGAGGAGAUGGAUCCGGUCCGCUCCUGGGUUCGGAACGUGGGAGUUGUGGACGCCAACGUCGCAGCGCAAAGCGGCGUGGCUCUCUCCAGAGCUCACUUCGAGAAGCAGCCGCCCUCCAACCUGCGCAAGUCCAACUUCUUCCACUUCGUCCUGGCGCUGUACGACCGCCACGGCCAGCCGGUGGAGGUGGAGCGCACCGCCUUCGUGGACUUUGUGGAGCACGACAAGGAGCAGACGGGAGAGAAGACCAACAACGGCACCCACUACAAGCUCCAGCUGCUCUACAGCAACGGAGUCCGUACGGAGCAGGACCUGUACGCGCGGCUCAUCGACUCGGUCACCAAGCAGCCCAUCUCCUACGAGGGCCAGAACAAGAACCCAGAGAUGUGCCGGGUGCUGCUCACGCACGAGGUGAUGUGCAGCCGCUGCUGCGAGAAGAAAAGUUGUGGGAAUCGCAACGAGACGCCGUCCGACCCGGUCAUCAUCGACAGGUUUUUCUUGAAGUUUUUCCUGAAGUGUAACCAGAACUGUCUGAAGACGGCAGGAAACCCCAGGGACAUGAGGAGAUUUCAGGUGGUCUUGUCCAGCACAGUGAGCGUUGACGGCCACGUUCUGGCAGUGUCUGACAACAUGUUUGUUCACAACAACUCCAAACACGGACGCAGAGCUCGGAGGCUGGAGCCCGGGGAGUCUGUGGAGAACACCAUGGAGUACGCAACUCCCUGCAUCAAAGCCAUCAGUCCCAGCGAAGGAUGGACCACAGGUGGCGCUAUGGUCAUCGUAAUAGGGGAGAACUUCUUUGACGGGCUGCAGGUUGUCUUUGGGAGCAUGCUGGUGUGGAGCGAGCUGAUCACGCCGCACGCCAUCCGAGUCCAGACGCCUCCUCGUCACAUCCCCGGCGUGGUGGAGGUCACCCUGUCCUACAAGUCCAAACAGUUCUGUAAGGGAGCCCCGGGCCGCUUCAUCUACACAGCGCUGAACGAGCCCACCAUAGAUUACGGAUUCCAACGUCUACAGAAAGUGAUUCCUCGACAUCCCGGCGACCCAGAGAAGCUAGCCAAGGAAAUCCUUCUGAAGCGGGCAGCAGAUCUGGUGGAGGCUCUCUAUGGGAAUCCACACAGCAAUCAGGACAUGCUGCUGAAGCGGGCCGCAGACAUCGCCGAGGCCCUGUACAGCGUCCCGCGUCCUCACAGCCAACUGCAGGCGCUUCCCAGCUCCCCGGCUCACGGCAGCGUCAUGGGUCUGGGCUCCUAUCCCUCUCAGUUGGGGGUCAGCAUCGGCGAGCCGGGCCAGAGCAGUCAGGGUUACAUUCGCAACUCCAGCAGCUUGUCUCCACGAGGCUACCCCUCAGCGUCCACGCCUCAGCAGUCGGGCUACGGCAGCGGGGGGAUGACUGGGGGCUACGGCAGCGUCCCCAUGAGCAGCCUGGGAGUGCCGGGCUCCCCGGGCUUCAACAGCGCCUCCCCCACAGGCUCACCUUACAUCAUGCCCUCCAGUCCAACCAUCCCAGGAAGCUCCAGCUCCUCGUCCUCCCUCCUGCCGUUCUCCUCCUUCCCGUCUGCUGCCAAACAGAAGAGCGCUUUUGCUCCCGUCCUCAGACCCCAGGGCUCCCCCUCCCCUGCCUGCCCUGCCUCAGGGGGGAACAGCUUCAGAGGUAGCCAUCCCACUCACUAUCUGAGCCCUCUCUCUGAACUCACCACUUCGGUCUAGACACUUGCACUAACCCGCUCCAGACAGAGAAGGCUGCUGGACCUUCAUGUACAUGACUGAUCGGAAUCACAGACUUUGCGUCUCCAUCUCUUUCUCUCCAGCGAUGACGGGCCUGGUUGUUCCCCCGAUGUAGCAAAGACCACUGCGCCGCUUAGCCCUUCUUUCUGGCCCAGAGAGGGCGGGGAAACUAACGCCACUUUCCUCCCUCAGCCGUGUCCCAGAACACUUGUUACGCAGGUGCAGCCAAAUGAACUAUCCAAAGAUCAGGCGUCAGUUCAGGAAGCAGAGGAGACUCUUUCACGUCUGCAGACAGACUCUCGUGCUCUCUUGACACGGGACUACGCUUGGACGCCAUGGUUCACGGCCAUACGCAGAAGAGGAAACGGAUCCUGGGUCCAACCAGAGCCUUUCUCCACUCAGAUGUGCCGGACUGUGCUGGAUGACGGGCCGCUCCGGGAGAACGUGGCCUCGUGUGUGCACCGUCUUUCAUCUGGCAAACUUCUUUCCCUUUUCAAUUUGCAUUCCAGAGAAGUAGACGCUUUAUUUUUAUUUGUGUUCCGGUUUUUACCGGAGAGAAACCUGGUGUGCAUUUGUUGCUGACGCAGUUCAUACAGUAUAUUGAUUUAUUUAAGAAUAACUUAUUAUGGUUAGUUUAGGGAAUAAUAUAAAUGUGUUUUAUAAAGUGGGUCGCUUUUCCAACGGUGGACGACAGGAAGUCAAUAAAUGAUGCCCUUUAUAUUACUAUUACUAUUAUUGUUAUUAUUAUGAUUUUAGGAAGUGGAUUUUUGCCACGACUAUAUUUGGAAUAACCAUCCCAGAUUGGUGAGUUUCAGCAUCUUGAUUUGGUAAAAGACAGCGAUUGUGUGUGAAGCUGAUUUGUUUGAAUCCCACAUGUCAUGCAUGCUUCCACACAACGAUCAUGUUUGGAUUUCAGCCGUCUUAACGGUGACAUGAACAAAAAUGAGUUUGGAAUGUUUUGGACAACACUAUGCAGUAAAGACAAGCACAAGGUCAUGACACACUCGCACACAAGUCAGGGGCAGUGUAAGACCAUAAGAAUAUGAAGAAGCCAGACUCUGGUUUCAAGUGUCCAGAGGACUUACAGUCAUCAUUUGAAAGAUGAGUUAUCAGUGUGAAACCGUGUCCUCCUUAACACACGCUGACAGUGCUCCAAGUCAACUCAUUUCAUUAUUUAUUGAUACGUGACAAUUGCUGUUUCCUCAUUCAUGGUAAAAUAACACACACACACACUUCCUUCUCAGGAUGUUAAAACAAAAAGACUAGGUGAUAUUUGUUUUUGCUUUUUUUUUAGGAGGAGCGUUCAUUUUAUUUAUUUAAAAAUAUUAGCAAUUCUAUCAUAAUUUUAUGUUUCAUUAUUCUGUUUUUGAAGCCAUCUUUCUUGGGAUCGGUACAAAAACUGGUGCAGUGAUUUG